UAGAGGAGAAAUAUUUGUUUACUAGACAUUUUGUUUAUUAUCCUUUUGUUGUAAAGUCCUAUGUUGUGAUCUAUUAACCGCAAUGCCUCCUCCAGGAGAAAAGAAGCCUAACCAGGUGGAACAAAAAGUGGUGGACCCUGAAGCAGAACUCAGUAAUGCUGUGAGAAUUUACUUGAAGCUCGCGCCGCAAUGCACCGUGGCGAAGAGAGCUGGUGGUAUACCGCAGCUCGCUCCUCAAGAGAAGCAGCUCAGCAUCCUCGCGCACGAACUUCAUGAGACGCUGUUAUGCAUCAAUCUUGCAAGGAAAGGACAGCAUGCAGUCCGCGACGCCAAUGUCAAAAGUGGGACCCGCAAGUCUAUAGUGGAGUAUGAACAGUUGGAGUCAGUGCUCAGGGAUGAAAGGGCGCAGCAAGCUGAACUAGACUGCCUCAACUAUCUAGCACAGAAGAAUGUCAUUGAACUCUCCAAGAAAGUACCCACUGAAGCUGACGAACUAGGCAUGAUUGAGAAUGCCAACAAUCGUCUUCGACGUAUGGAGAACAGACUUGACCUCGCCACGAAGAGGUUCUGUGUAGUCAACACGGAUAACAGGAAAGUGCGAGAAGAAAUACACAGGCUUCUUGUGGAAAGAAACGGCUUCAACAUCCAAUGGAAUCGCACUAUUGGCAAGCUGGUCAAAGGCAAGAUGUACCUGAUGGAUAUAUUUGAAAUAGCCUCCGUGGCAUUCGCAGAUAGAGACGAAUGCUGUCGCAAACUAGAAGCUCUCAAGUGGAAAGGACUCUUUCAGCUAAAUAGGGACAUUUCUGAGAUGCAAGCUUUUGAAGGUGAACUGAACCACCUCGCGAAGCUCGAAGAGUUUCUGCGAGUGAAAGGUUCACGUAGGAUCUGCGAGGCUGAUGAGAAGGAGGAGAUGAAGAGGCAGGAAGAGAUACAAGCUUGUGAACAGGAUAUUGCUAAACAUGAUGCCUUGCUUGAUGAGAUAUUUGCCUACGCUGGUACCGAGAGAGUGCCACUCAUCAUUAAUCGCUUCCAAAUCGGGGAGAUCGAGAACUUCUCCUGUUUCAUACUGCUUUGCCAAGUGCUGCAGGAGUCUAUCAUUCUCAGGAGAGAAAUGGAUGUGAUGAAGCAGAGAAUCUUUGACCAGCGGGAUUUAAAUGAAGCUCGAGAGGAGCAACAGGAUAAAAGAAUAGCAAACAUGACGCAGCGAUUGGCAGAACUUCGUGCCAGUACACAGUUGAAACAAGAACUCAACAAUCAAGCUGAUGCUACCACUCUCAAGGUGCUGAAGGGAAUCGACGAACUUGUCAAAUUAGCGAAAUGUGACUGUAAUUCAUUAAUGUCACUCCUCGGCAACCACACUGAGGUGACCAAGUGGAACGUCUCCAAGUUCCUGGGGAUCUUGGAGAUGGAAGUCAAAAGUCUUAUACAAGUUGCUUACGGGUCUGUUAAGCCUCCACCCCCAACGCCUAAAGGACGCAAAGGUCCAGCAGCACCUCCCACCACUAAACUUGUGGCUGACCCAUACGUUGAAAUCAUACGACCGAACAGGAUUGAAAAGCUUGUACCUUACCAACCUUGUGCAUAUUGCGUGGAGGAUUACAUAAUGAACCUGGUGUUCGAGACGCCAGCAGUACCUGCCACAAAGGAAUACGUCGAAUCUAUAUUCCAUCUCGAAGAUAUAAACACGAAAUUCGAGAUCUAUACACUUACUAUACCAGCAAAACGUCAUCCGUUCCGAGGAAAGAAAGACUGAAUAUGUAAUUGUCAGUAAUUUGUUUCAAUCAAUA